AUGGCACAAAAACAGACAAAUGGAGAUAAUAAAAAGCCAACAUUGGUUUCCAUAAACCGAACGGCAAUAGAUCCAAACGGAUGUAUUGGUUCAUUAUAUAAUGGCUAUAGAGAUGUUUUAUGUGAGAAAUUACCUUGGAGUAACGAAGAUAAAUUGACUAAAGUACACAAAAUCCCACAAUGUAUAAUGAAGAAAGGCAAAAAAGAUCAAAAUGAAAGUCUUCUUCAGAUAAUUAAUAUACCCGAAGGGUUACGAUUGAGUGUAUUGCUGCGUCCAACAGGAAAUAAUGGAAUUGCUGCAAUUAUUAACUAUCCUUACCCGAUAAACGAGUAUACCCGUUUUUUACUCUACUCUUGUGUAUAUGAAGAAGAACAAGUUUCCGAAAAACUAAGCAAAAAACAAAAAACGAUUAAAUCAGUCAUAUCUUUGGCUUCAGCUACUCACAUCAUUACUUGUAUUAGUUAUGGGAUUGACGUUGUUGUAGUUUUACAGCUGCCAUUUGAUAAAGCCCUUGUAACAGCAAUUGAUGAUGCACUUCAAAGAAUUUGUAUUCAUUUAAAUGAUGAACAAGAUGCUUUGAUACUCAAGUCAGAUGAUGAACAUAUUCUAGAACAAAUAACUAACACAAUGGUUUAUUCAAAUAUACCUUCUUUGAUGGAAUUAUCUACAGUGUAUGAUGUUUAUUUAUAUAUUGAUGAGAAUAAAAAUGAAAAUAUACAUCGUCCAAUAAUGUAUACUCUUCAACCUAUUAAAUGGCUGUUUCCUGACUAUAAUGAACCUAAUGCCUAUUUUAAUUUGAUUCCUCCAGAAUUCGAUAGAGAAGUUGAGCAAUAUUUAAUAUAUUUAUCUAAUGUACUUAAAAAUAUAAAAUACUCUCUUGAUUUCUCUGAUAACGGAUUAAUGUAUAAAUAUCUUGAAGAUCAGAUAUAUAAAAAACAAUGUCAAUGGUUAAUAUUAUCCAAAAUGCAUGAUCACAUCAUUGCUCGACUACGAAGAUUGAUUAUUGACUUGCGCAAAAAUCGAACUACUGUUUCAAAGAGAGAUCAAUUAUUUUAUCAUGUAGAUCAUGUAAACUUCGAAAAAUCUGCUCAGAUCUUACAAGAAAAUUUAAAUGAUUUCAAAAACAAAGAAAAAUUGAUUGUUGGCCUCAGAGAUCAACAUUUCGAAUAUUGUAAUGCAGCACAACUUAAUUUAACUAAGUAUAAUUAUGAAAAAACAUUGAAAUGUAAAUUAAAGAUGAAAGAUCGAAAUAAUAAAAUUCUUUGUACUACUGAUACAUUAAAUAAGAAAAAUGGAUCAAAAUUGAAUCUUCUACGUAAUCAAUUAGCUAAAGAAUGUGAGAUUAAUCAAAACUUAUAUAUAACAUACGCUGAUUUUUCGUAUUCCACUGUUGAACUCGAAGACAUAGAAAUAUUAACGACAAGUCAAACGAAUAAUAACAAAAAAAGCCAUCUGCAGAAAUCAUCUUCUACAGUGACGAAAAACAAAACUUCUACUUCACAACAAUCACUACCAUCUUCACCAAUAACCAAUGACAAUAUCAAUAUUCUUCUACUUGGUGAAACUGGUGUUGGUAAAUCAACAUUUAUUAAUGCAUUUGUUAAUUAUCUCAAAUUUAAAACAUUCGAACAAGCUCAAUCGAAUACACCUAUUGUACUCAUACCUGUUUCAUUUCUAAUGACAGUUGGUGAUGAUUUUCAAGAACGUUUAAUUAAAUUUGGAGAUUUUGAUAGUUCAAAUAAUGAAGAUUUUGAUCAUCCCGGUGAAUCAGUUACACAACAUUGUCGAAUGUAUGAAUUUCAUCUUAGUGAUAAUGAUGAAAAAAAAUUAUGUAUUAUUGAUACACCUGGUUUUGGUGAUACACGUGGUUUAGAUCAAGAUGAUCUUAAUAUGCAAGAUAUUUUAGAAUAUAUCAAUGAAUUGACUCAUCUGAAUGCUAUAUGUUUUCUUCUUAAACCAAAUGCAUCUAAACUUCAUACAUUUUUUCGUAUGUGUUUUAUUCAAUUAUUAGAUCUUCUUGGUCCAAAUGCUUAUCAAAAUAUUAUCUUUUGUUUUACUAAUGCUCGAUCAACUUUUUAUGGUCCAGGAGAUACAGCUCCUCUAAUUAAAACUAUGCUUAAAUCAUUUUCAAUAAAUAAUAUUCCAUUUAAAAAAGAUAAUACAUUUUGUUUUGAUAAUGAAUCAUUUCGUUAUUUAGUUGCUUUACAAAAUGGAAUUGAGUUCAAUAAUGAUGAAAAACAUGAUUAUUAUGAAAGUUGGUCAAUUUCAGUCAAAGAAUCAUAUCGUCUUAUUGAUUAUAUUCAUGAAAAUCUUAUUACAUAUCGUUCAAAUAAUGAAUGCAAAUCAAAUAAACAUGCUCAAGUUGAAAUUUCUCAUAUGAUUCGUCCAAUGUUAACAACAAUGCAGAAUAUUCUUCAAAAUCUUAUUUUGUCUAAGACGAAUAUUAAAAACAAAUCUAUAACAAUGUUUCCAAAAGCUAUUCAUCGUCCAGCUAGUAUUUGUCUUUCAUGCAAACCUUAUCCACUUCAGUUUGGUAAUUUCUGGAUUGCUCGUAAUAUUCCACAUGAAUUUCUAAAGAAAUGUCUUGUUUGUUCAUGUCCUAUUGAACAACAUAUUGCAAUACAUUAUGUACUCAAUUCUGAAUAUUCGAAUAAAUCUGUGAGUAAUCAUCCAGAAGAAAUGAUUAAUAUGGUUAAUCAACUUUGUACUAUUGGUGCUGAAUUCGAUUACUUCUUAGUUCAUAUUACUCAUUCAUCAAAAAAUGAUCUAUUUUUGCCUGGUUUUCUACGAAUGAUAGAUGAAGAAAAUAAACUUUGUCAAAGUCAAAAACCAAAUCAUCUAAAUUCGCAAUUAAUCAAAGAACUCACACGACUUAAGAAUCAAUAUGAAAAUCGAAUUGAAGAGUUUAAAUCGAAUCAACAAUUGAUUGAUCUGUUAAUUAUCAAUGAACAUAUCACAACUAUCCGUAAAUAUCCUCUGAUACAAGUGCAACUAGACAUUAUGAAACAAACACAAAAAAUGAUGACAGAGCCAUAUGAAGUAUCACAAGACUAA